UCUCUCUCACAUCAUCAUUCAUAUCACAACCUGAAGACUUUUGCUGAAAAAAUUAUCACAUCAUCUUUUUUCUCUUCAACCUUGAUAUUUCUGUGACAAUGGAGCUUAUACCUGAUCUUCUGGAUACCCUAGCCCGCGAGUGUCUCCUACGCACCUCCUACAAGCAAUUUCCUCUGAUCUCGUCCGUCUGCAAAGUCUGGAAGCGAGAGAUCAGUCUCCCUGAUUUUUUACGACACCGGAAAGCUUCAGGACGUAGCCAGGAGCUUGUUGUCUUGUCUCAAGCUCGUGUCGACCCGGUUUCACAACUCGGAUCGGGAAAGACCAUCCCCACGCCAGUGUACCGGAUCUCUGUUCUCGAACCAGAGUCCGGUUUAUGGACCGAGCUGCCUCCGGUUCCCGGAAAAUCCAACGGUUUGCCUCUGUUUUGUAGAUUAGCUUCUGUCGGGACGGAUCUUGUUGUGAUUGGUGGACUUGACCCGGUCACAUGGCGGACUUCUGACUCGGUCUACAUCUUCAGCUUCUUGACUUCCACGUGGCGUAGCGGGACAAGCAUGCCAGGUGGACCACGGUCCUUCUUCGCCUGCGCUUCGGAUUCUGAACGGAACGUGUUCGUGGCCGGUGGACACGACGAAGACAAGAACGCGCUGACGUCAGCUAUAAUGUAUGACGUGGCGGAAGAUAGAUGGGCUUUGUUGCCAGAUAUGGGCCGUGAGCGAGACGAAUGCUCGGCGACUUUCCAUGCUGGCAAAUUCCACGUCAUUGGUGGUUACUCCACGGAGGAGCAAGGGCAGUUUAGUAAAACCGCUGAAUCUUUCGACGUCACCAUGCGGCAGUGGGGUCAAGAAACGAAAGACUUUCUCGCUCACGGGAUUACAUGGCCACCGGUCUGUGCAGCCGCUGAGAACGGUGAGCUCUACGCUUGCUGCCGUCGUGAUCUGAUGCUGAAGAGUGGUGACACAUGGCAGAAAGUUGUGAAUCUACCUGAUGACGUGUGCAAUGUAUCAUACAUGGCGGUAAGGAGGUCUGGGAAUGUGGUCGUGAUCGGUUCGGCCCGGUACGGCGAACCAAGUGUAGGGCAUAAUUGGGAUAUGAGCAACUCUCGAUGGGCAAAACUGGAAACACAUGAAAAAUAUGAAGGCCACGUUCAAGCUGGUUGUUUCUUGGAGAUAUAAGCAAUGGGACGUCGUUCAGGCAAAAUGAUGCAAGAUUGGUCGGUUGGUUUCUCGUAGUUGUGACUGUACAAGUAUUCUAGGGAUAUUAAGAAAAGGUUAUAAGCUUCACUGUAAAUUUAUUGUUGAUUGGUUUUACAUUUUUGUGUGGUGUUACUAAAAUUUGCGGAAAAUCUACUUUUUUGGAUAAUUAAAUUUGGUCCAAAUAGGCCCAACUAAAUCCUUACUCUAU